AUGGACGAAGGACUUUUCAAUUUGAUUGGAUACAUAAUCAAACCUGAUCCAACUUUUAAUGAAGGUACGAGAUUGGAAACAACUGUUCAAUUAGAAGCAUCAAUGGAAGUAAUCUAUAAUGAUACUCCAAAAACCAUGUUUGGUAUUACUAGUAAUACUGAGAAAUUGCAUAUGAAUCAUGGUGAUGAAAAUGAAAUGAAGAGACAAGCAUAA